AUGUACAGAUUGCGAGGGUGGCCAGAUCUCCCGGAGGGUCUGCUUUACUCUAUCAUUGCUCGGCUAGGCCUCGUCUCGUUCUCUGAUCUUGUUGCCUUUUCUGCAACCUGUCGCUCUUGGCGUGCCGCUUUCUCCACCUUGGUGCCACUCCUCCCACAUCUUCUUCUCCGGCCUGAUGUCUCUUUGUGCUUUCCUCGCCGUCCUCCCAUGACCAACAACCUGGUACGAACAGGGCCAUGCCAAGCCACUAAUAUAGCAAACCAAGACACCUACCAUUGCUGUCAGAUUCCCUUGGGUAGUAUUUUUGGUGAAAACAAUACCCCACCAAGUCCUCUAAAAGGGUUUCGCUUCAGUGGUGCUUCCUAUGGUCAUCUCAUUUUCUCAAGAGAUAAAUCAUGUCUCGUUGUUGAUGUGUUCACAGGUGUUAGUGUCUCAUCCCCACGUCUACCGGUCAUUAAGGACAUCAAGCUCUUCUAUGCUGCCCUCACAGCUCCUCUAGCAUCACCUAACUCACAUAUCAUUGUCGAUAUCGAAUCGCGCAAUUUGUUUUGGCAUGUUGGUAGUCAAUAUUGGGUGAGACGUUCUCCUGACGAUGGACCAAUCAAGCAAAUAGUGGUCUUCAAAGGGCGUGUUUUUGGCAUCGAUUCGGAUCUCAAACUCUUCAAAGUGCAGUUGACACCCCAGAUUUGCAUACAGGAAAUACCAGUUAUGGAGUCAAGCAUGAUUAAGAAAUGGCACCAUUCCGAUAGAUGGCUGGUGAUUUGCGGCGAUAUGCUUCUCAUGGUGGCCUUGCGAGGACCCAUUAUAGUAACAGGAGUAACCUUCGAAGUCUUCCGCCUUGACUUAUCGGUUGAACCUGCACUAUGGCUGAAGGUGGAGAAGCUAGAGAAUUGGGCGAUAUUCAUCAGCACCGACAAGAGAAGUCAGGCAUUGUCUUGCAUGAACCCAGAGAUAUGGGGAGGGAGGAGCAACUGCGUAUACUGCUAUAACCAUGACUCUAAACAUUGGGUUGCCCUUGAGUUGGGAAAGCCACUACAGGGAGAUGGGCCCACCUCCAAAUUUAAUCCAAACAUCUUCAUAUUCAAGGGUCGUGAUAGCAGGGUGCAACCUAUGUGGGUUGUCCCUGGCAUGCUAUCGUUCUGUUGGUGA